GCCACACACUGAUCAGUUCUCCUGCUGCUGUCGACUGCAGGCCGGUGCGAGGGAGCGUGAGCUGGCGUCGUUCCUGAUGGAAGUGUCCGCUCUGGACUAUGAUCUGGUCCACAUUCCUCCGUCUCUCACUGCAGCGGCUGCGUUUGCAGCGUCUCGGAGGAUUCUUGGCUCUGGCCUGUGGAGCAUGAGUCUGCAGCAUUACACCGGCUACAGCGAGGAGACUUUAGCUCCGGUGAUGCAGGCCGUCGUACGGAUGCUGGAGAAGGUUACUGACCAAUGCAAGUUGCAGGAGAUUAAGAGCAGGUACGUGAAGGUUUCUUCAAGCAUCUGCAAGGUCGACGGAUUCUCCAGUGAUCUUUGGCGCAAAGAUCGGUUUUAGUUUUGAGGCACUUGAAGAGUUUUUAGGCACUUAAACUGAUUUGUAUCAGGUUUUAAUUAUUCCUUUUAAUCCCAUGAUUUUGUUGCAUAAAAUGUUUUUUAUCAAGCUAAAGUGUGUACUAUGCUGUAUGAAUGAAAGCCAGAGAAUUAACUGAUGUAUUUACGUAAAUGUAAGUCUGCAUUUGAUACAGAGACGGUCAAUAAAUGAGUGUUCAUUUGAUUACAAAACCCAUGCAAUUGAAUUUUCUUUU